AUGUCAGGCACUGGUAGUACACAACAGAGCUUGAGGAAGGCUCUUGGAACUCUAAAAGAUUCCACAAAAGUUGGCCUGGCAAAAGUGAACAGUGAAUACAAGGUUAUCUCUCUCUCUCUCUCUCUCUCUCUCUCUCUCUCUCUCUCUCUCUACACUCCCUCCUUCCUCCAACCUGUCCUUAUAGAAAAAAAUUCUUACUUUCCUUUGCGCUGAAGGAUGUUGAUGUUGCAAUUGUCAAGGCCACAAACCAUGAUGAGAAAAUACCAAAGGAGAAACACAUCCGCAGUGAGUUCUUGGUUAUUUCAGAUCUUGAAGUAUUUUUGCCAAAAUAUAAUUGAAAAAAUUUCCUGUAAAUUAGAUUAGAUUAUCUAGCUAAAUAGAGUUUUCUUUUUUUUUUACUUCUCAUUGGUUAUCUUCAGAAUUUUUUUACUCUAACAUUACUGUUGAUAUUCCUUCGACAGCGAUUUUUGAUGCUGUUUCAGCUUCAAGGCCUCGUGCCGACAUUCAAUAUUGCAUUAGCUCACUCGCUAGACGUCUUGGCAAAACACAUAACUGGGCAGUACGUUUUAUCUACAGUCGUAUUUAAUACUUUUAGUCACCAUGGAUCAACUUUGACUACUAGCUGGUGGACAUUUAAAUCGGCAAUAUUUCUUAAGGACUUUCAUGUGAAAUAUUAUAGGGAAUCUAUUCGCUUAAUUUUUCAUUUUAUCUUAACUUAGCAUGAGCAUAUACAUUGAGUUAACUGAAAAUGAGAGACGGGCUACACAUUUUCGGUAUGCUGGAAACCAACUAGCCUUCCUAUUGUGAGGCUGAUACAGUAGAGAUUUUACCAUGAUUUUUCUUUCUGGUUACGUUGUCCAUGAUAAUAAUCAUAUUAGUAACUUAACUGAUGAAAAAUAAAAAAAAUCUACAGUUUGGCAUUAAAAUUAGCAAAUCUCAUUAUUUUUCUGGAUGACUGAUAGUAUGAUGUUGAAUUUUUAAAAAUAAUUCACUUCCUGUUACAUUAUGAUAAUUAUUUAUCUAACUUGAAGUUGUUUCGCGUAUUUUCGUGUUUUGAUUAUGUGUGUUUCUGUAAGCACCUUUCUAUCGCAAAUCCUUUAAAUUAUAAUAGUUAUUGUGUCCAAAAUUUAUCUUACUAAAUUCACUUAGGUUGCCUUGAAAAUAUUGAUUGUUAUACACCGUACUUUGAGAGAAGCUGAUCCUACAUUUAGAGGAGAGCUCAUCAACUACACCAGCAACAGAGGUCAUUUGCUGAAUUUAUCUCAUUUCAAGGAUGAUUCAAGCCCCAAUGGUAAAUAUUAUUCUCGUUCCUUGAAAAACGUUAAAAAAAGGAAAAAAUAAUAUAUAAAUACUCCAUGUUAUUUUCUUCGUAAGCAUGGGACUACUCUGCUUGGGUUCGGACAUAUGCUCUAUUCUUGGAGGAACGGCUAGAAUGUUUUCGGGUACUCAAGUACGAUGUUGAGACAGAACAGUGCGUAAGUAGCUUCAACUGCCAAUUCUUCCUCUUACGUCUCUUCCUUUAACAAAGUGGUGUGGAAUUAUCUACUCUAGUGUUGCCGUACGGAUAUAUACUUUCACUUUUGAGGUCUUGCUUUCAGCAGAGGAUGAAGGAACUUGGAACUGUUGACUUGCUGGAGCAUUUACCCGCCUUUCAGCAGCUUCUUUUUCGCCUUCUUGGUUGCCAGGUUGAAGAACGUUUUGUGAUUAAACCCCUUGAUUUCGGUUCUAAAAAAAUCAGACAAUCUAUCCCCGUAAACAAUUUGAUUUAACUCCUUGUUUCCAGUUUUAACGCGAUCAUAUUUUCUAGAUUAAGAAUGCGCUUUCCUUAAACUUCACUAUCCAAAUCACUUAAAGAAGAUCGGAUUUUCUACAAAUUACUUCUUUUUUUCAUCUUCUCAGUUUCUUGCGCCUUUCAUUUCACAAUAAUUUGGGUGUGCAGUAAUAUUAUCUAAUUUUUAAUUCCACAGCCGGAGGGGGCAGCUAUGUCCAACGAUAUGAUCCAAUACGCUCUUUCCUUUGUGAGCCGAAGCUUUAACCGUAACCCUGGUGACAUGUAUUUCUUUCCAUGCGCUCUUAUGCUUCACCCUUUACAGGUUGCCAGUGAAAGUAUAAGGAUCUAUACUGCUAUUGACAGUGGAAUUCUCAACUUGGUCAACAAGGUAGCUAUAGUUUAUCAUCAUAUCAUCCCUUUAAAUGUUAUAUUUUCGAUGGAUUUAUGGUGACAGGGUUCCCCCUCAGUUCUUUGAUAUGCAGCGACAUGAUGCUGUUAGAGCAAUCGAAAUUUAUCGGAAGUCAGGCCAGCAGGUAAAUUUUUUGGUUUAAUUAUGCGAUAUCAUAAAAAAUAUUUAUUUAUCAAUAAAAAUAUCUCUUUAUUAGAAAAAUUUCCCCUUUUAUAGAGUUCUUAGCGAUUCAUCAUUAACUGCAGGCUGAGAGACUGUCUGAGUUCUAUGAAAUGUGCAAGGGGCUCAAUCUAUGGAAAUCAGAGAAAUUUAUAAGGAUUAAACAGGUCAUUUUAUUUUUUUAUUAAAUUUAUAGAUCGUCAAGAAUUUAUCCCUCUUUUUUUCUAUUUAUGGUAAUCUACUUACACGUCUAUCUGUCUUUAGCCCCCUCAAUCAUUUGCCGCGGCAAUGGAGGAAUAUGUCAAAGAAGCGCCAAGAGCAUUGCCCUUUCCUCGGAGUGAGGUAUCUGUCAAGCUCCUGAUUAUAAUGCCCAAAAAGAAUAAUAAAUAAAUUCAAUUAUCCAGAAAGGAUGAACAAACCCUUAUACAGAGUCUCUAAAAUGUUCUGAAGGAGAUAUUGUCGGAAAAUUACAGGUAAUUCAUUAUUUUUGGGUAAUUAAUGCUAUUAAUUAUGAAAAAAAAAUUCCCAACUUUCCUCCGGCCAGGUGGAUGGUGAGCCAAGAAAGCCCACCAGAGCGCUUCUGAAGGUUGAAGAUGAUCACAGAAGGCUCGAGCUUGCCUCAGUACCUUCUGAACCAUAUCGAAGAGCUCCAGAUGAGGCUCCUGGAGAUCCUCCAGUCACAGAUCUUCUGGUACGCUCUUCAUCUGGUAGAUGCUCCCUCUCUCUCUCUCUCUCUCUCUCUCUCUCUCUCUAUGCUCAUGAAAUCUUUCCCAUGCUCCCUCAUUUCAGGGAUUAGAUGAUAUCAGCUGCUGGAAUGCAGCCAAGCUCGAUGAAAAAAAUUCAUCUGCUCUUGAUAUCCUGACGGAUGGUAAGUAUCAUUUUUUUUUCAGAAUAAUCCACCAUAAAAAAAUAAUUUAAUGAAACCUUGCACUUAUAUAGACCACCUCACUCCACAUAUAAAUAUAUAAAUAUAUUUAUAUAUAAUAAUUUAGAGUUAUAAAUCCACAUUGGAAUCCAGAGAAUCCAUCAAGCAGCGGCACAAGUACUCUCGAACUGGACAAGGAGGAUCCGGUGUGGGAGCUGACCCUGGUUUCCAUGCAUGGGCCCACCGGAAGUCUUGCAGUGGAAAGUAGACUGGUAAUUAUUUCUACAUCCCAUUAUCUGAAUAUUAUAAUUUCUGAUUUUCCAUUGGCUGAUGUUCUUCUUGGUCACAGGGUGGGGGGCUGGAUGAGCUGACAUUGAACAGCCUCUAUGAUGAUGCCACAGCAAGGAAAGUGAGCCCAAUUGAGAGCUCAUUCCCCAGGGGGAUGGCAGCAGCCGAUGGCCAGACGGCGGCAGCGGCAGCAGCUACAGGGGUUGACUGCGCUAACAACCCAUUUGGGAAUCCGUAUGGAUCCAUGGACCUGCCUCCUUGCCAACCUCCGAGCCCUUAUGCUAGGUACUUGUAG